AUGCUUUUCAGUGGCGUCGUUCUCGUCAUCAUCGUCAGCCUACCAAUCGAUGAGCCCGUCAACGUUGUGUUGUUGUUAGCCGAACGAACGUACCGGACCGGGACCAGAACAUGGACGAAUGUGUUCGCCAUUCGGGUAAGUUUCACUUAUGCUCAACUUCUCCUCAGCAGCAGACCUCCGGUCAUGAACAAAACCAGCAACGUUCCAGACAUGUCGUAUGAAACCGCCGAGGAGCUCGAUGAUCCAUCCUAUGGUCACCUUCGAUUCCAAUUAUCUGUUGACGAUGCUGCUUUAAAUGAACACCGUGUCAAGCCGGGCAGGAGCGAAUUCCAAUACGGACACUUUGUUUUCAACAUUCAACAGAUCAAAAAGGAUGAAACUCGACUUGCUCUCCUUUCUUGCACAACAUCAUCAGAUUACGAAUGGUACUUGAACACUCAAAUGCGAAUCAAGACAGGAACGAUGGAUUCUUCUGCGCUGAAGGUGGUUGACAAGGAUGUAUUUGUGUUCUAUCCCAAAUGCGAACCAGUUUCUGUUGAAGUCAUGAAUAAUGAGAUUGCAACUGUGAAGUUUGAGCUACGAAUUCUAAACAAGCUGAUCCAGUCGCUACCAAAAUUUGAUGAAGGGGACCAUACAAUUCGUUUCGAAGACGGAUCAACGAUAAAAGUCUACAAACAUCUGCUAGCAUUGUACUCUCCUUAUAUCAAGAAAUGCACGGAAGACUCUGUUCUCACAUGCAUAGAGAGAUUUCCGAGGGAAGCGUUCAUUGAAAUGUUAUAUCAUAUCUAUCCCACUUUGCGCCCCAUCUAUCGUAAUAUAUCUAAUCUUGCGAAAGCAGCUGUCGCGUUUCAAGCUGAUCCACUGGUAUAUGCAUUGUCGAUGCAUGUCGUUGAAUUCAAUAUAAGACCUAUGUCGUUGGAGCAAAAACUGCGAUCAGCAAUCGAUCUUGAUUUGUGUCCAGCAGUAGAAGAACUCGUGUACAGAGCUGCACAAGACGGUAUUUGGGGCCAUUUAAUUAAACUUGGUUUCGAACCAGAGGCAUUCUUUGGUCCUGAAAUCUACAAAAAAGUUGUAUGUCCGGCUGUUAUGGCGGGUCGCCAAAAUGAUUACGGAGAACCUUUUACACCAUCUCCAUAUAAGCAGCCAGAUUUCUUCAGUGAGGAGUCACGAAAGGAUAAAAGCAACGUUGGCGUCCUAUUUCGGAACACCCCGUUCUAUGUGAAUAGAGGUAUUCUUGCCGUGCACGGUAUGACGAAAUUAACCCUUAAUUCAAAUGGGUUUCUGCAAGCGUUAUUCACACGUGAAAUGGAAGAGCAGUGCGCUAAAAGCAAGAUUAUACCAGGCGAAGUGUUAGUGUCGUUAUUCUGCUCAUUAUAUCCUCUUGGUCCAGCAAUUCCCCUUAAUUUCCUAAAAGCUGCGAUAGUUUUUUGUCACGAUCACGACUGGCAUCAUGCAAAACACAAAUUGGAGCAGAUCCUCAUGCAGAAACCACCAGACACAUGUGACGAAUACCGCGAUCAGUUUAUCUUCGCAGAGACAUUUAAUCUCCGGAAUAUGCUGACCGUGUCGGUUCAAAGAGCAGAAGGAAGCUGUAAUGGAUUUGCGAACGAACUGAUCAAGCGGGAUGACUUUAAGAUGAUUUCUUCGGCAACUAGAGAUCUCAUCAUGGAUCGAAUAUGCAGCGGUUGGGGAUUAGAGCCGAAGAAUGUGAAUCGAUUGGCAACCAGAGAACCAACCUCAUUUCGUGAGCGUCAAGUAGGCUUGGUUCGCGGUGGACCACGUGAAUUUGAGGACGAACCCAAUGCGGCAACGAUGGCCGACAUGUUAUCGGAUUACUAUUUCGGUCCUGUGGAAGAGAUAUGUGUAGUGAACAACUGA